CAUAUCGCAAUCUCAAAAAUACGAUGUGUACUCCGCGGUCUUAGACAAGAAACAAAAAUUACGGAUGAUAUAACAAGCAACGGGACACACGAUGCUGUUAUCUUCAGCGCCCAUCGGCUCCGAGAUCUUCGCCGGCAUCUGCCUCAUCGUCAUAUCGCUCGCCGUCAUCUUGGUACUGCGCUACUACCUCCCCUUACGAACUACACCCGCAUACAUUCUCGUUCCUAUUUUCUUCGCCUUAGCAUUACCGACGAGCAUCGUCUUCCUGGUACCCAUAGACCUCGCAUCCAAUGCCGGAACCGACGAUGGAACAAGAGGCAUCUGGCUGCAGGAACGCACACUCCUCGUCUCCUGGAGAAUCACAUACUGGCUCACCUUUGGCCUGACAUGGUUCAUCCUCCCUAUCCUCGCUGAGUUCUCAGACGCCGGACACCGCGACGUCCAGGCGAAACUGAUGUACUCGCUGCGCUCAAACGCUAAAUACCAAGCCAUGGUUUUCGGAUCGGGUAUCCUGGGCCUGAUCUACGUCUUCAUCUCGGCCGGUGUGACGCCGACGUCGUUGAAGGGGUUGAUAAUGGCGUUGGCGUAUGUGUGGGGUUUGAUUCUGGCUAUUUACUUGAUGGGCCAUGGAUUGGUGGCGAUUCCUAGGUCGUUGUUCCGGAAGGCGAAUAUUAGUGAGAGUUUACGACGCAUACAAGCUUCGGCUCCGAAGAUCCAUGAGUCGAUGGAUGAUUCGAUUGAGAGAUUGGAGGUGCUGGAGGCGCAGGUUAUGUUGCUGAGCCAGAGGAAAUCGGGAACUGCUAUGCAUUUCCAGGAAUGGAUUGAAGAACUGGGAGAGCUCUGCAACUUGCCAGAGUCGCGGCCGAGGACGACGUCGCGGCGGAUGUCGAUACCAGCAGUGUCUGUACCGACGGUUAUAACAGAGAAUUACCUCGCAGAUCUUACAAGAUCUCUCACCAGAGCCCGUCACAAGCGCAUACGAUAUAUGGACGAAUGGGACAGACUAGUUCAGAACUCCGUCGCAACCCAAGCUAUCCUUGACUCCGCGGCUUCCAAAAAGCUCGAAAUCGGAGCAUCUUCUCCCCGCGCAUCGUUCUUUGAGCGCCUCACUAUCUUCACGCCAUAUACCCGUUAUUUAUAUUAUUACCACAUGGUUCCCUAUAUGAGGAUCCUUUUCGCCGGCCUCCUCUCCGUGGCUUCAGUCUGCAUCGUCUGGUCCGAAGUCAUCAAGCUAGUCAACUCGAACCUCUCCGUCAUCUCACGCACCGUAGUCCACCACCCAAACAGCGACCGCGGCCAAAUCGGCUUCCCAGGCCAGAUGAUCGCAGCAGGGUGGAUCUUCUACAUGUGCGCCGCAGCCCUAACAUCCAUGACCGAAGUCAAAGUCUGGCGCGGCCGCGCCCUCGUCAGGCGCAACACAGGCUACGAAUCGGCAUUCUGGUACGCCAUGCAAGUUGCCCGUCUCUCCGUCCCACUCUCCUACAAUUUCAUGACCUUCCUCACCCCCGACGUCUACGAGAAGACGAUCUUCUACAAGUUCCUCGGCAAACUCAUCAACCUCACACCCCUGGGCACGGGUUUCGAUUACUUCUUCCCAAUCUUCAUUUUAAUCCCCGUCUCCGCUGCACUCUUCAACUUCUAUGGAAAGGCGAAGCGCAUGCUGGGCUUCAGCCUCGAUGAUGACAGUGAUGACGAGGAAAACGCCACCGGCUACGGCACCGGCGGGUGGCGCGAAGGCCGCGACCUCAUCGAACGCGAAGUCGGCGGGAGCGCCUCGCUCGCACACCUGCGCAACCCGCAAAACGGCGCGGGUAGUAGCAGCAACGGCCCUGCCAUCGCUGCAUCCAACCUCGCGUCUCGCUCAACGGCGGCGCCGAGGGUGAAUUCCAGUGUCCGGCCACAUGUUAAUGAGACUGGGGAUGAGGGGUUCUUUGGGUCGUUCGGACAUAGAGUCAGGAAUACGAUUGAUACUAUUGAGACGCCUGACUGGAUACAGGGGCUGAAGAAGCCGAAGUGGAUGGGGGGGGAUGGGGAGUCGGGACACUCGAGGGGGGAGGGGAGCGUGACUAGAUUGUUCGGGGGGAAUCAGGAUGGGAGGGUGAGGUUGUAAGUAUGUAUUAAUUUCUGUUGCUGGAAAGGCAGCGAUGUAUGAUGAUGGGGUGUUUUGAUUGGGGGUUGGGGUUUUGUAUAGACGAGCUCGAUUAUUGGAGUUUGGGGAUUGCAGGAGAGAUGACGGGAUUGUCACUUUCUUUGCGUACGAUAGUAAUACAUACAUAUUUUUUUUGUUCAUAACCGGGGUAUUCAGUUCUUCGUUGGUGUUUAUACUUUAGAAACUGUGCUAUAGCUUCUUCACAUCUUGGCCUGGGUUUAUUAUAGAAUUGAG